AUGGCGAAUAUACUGGAAACAUCAAUCUUCUUCUCUUCGCCUGAUAAAUUAUUUCUGUCAUUACCGCCCAAUAAUUCUCAAACCUUUCUUCUACCUUUCUCUGCUUCCAUCAAUGGAGGAAGAAGAAGACGCAAAAGCUCAAGUAUCAUCUUUGCUUCCGAAACUUGUACUUACAGUAGCUCUACCACAAGUGCUGAAGUGAAAGAAUCUGUUGAGGAUCCUAUGGAGGUUGAGGUUGCUGAAGGCUGUACUAUGGCUCAGUUCUGUGACAAGAUCAUUGAUAUUUUCCUGAAUGAGAAGCCUAAAGUUAAACAAUGGAAGAAGUACUUGGUUUUAAGAGAUGAGUGGAACAAGUACAGUGUUAACUUCUACAAGCGUUGCUGA